UACAAUAGCAAAGCAUUAUGUAGUUAAAUAUUCUACUUCAGAAGUAUUUGAUAAACAAAUUAAGAUAAUCAAAUUAGGUUCUAAUAAGCUAAAAGAAUUCAUUAUCAUAGCUGUUAAAUUCCAUUAUAUCUUGUGA